CACAGGUAUGGAAGGAAUCAAUGACGUUAUCGCAAACAACGCCUCUAACCUGACUCGGAUUGUCGCUGAAAAGAAAAUCCAGAUAUACAGCGCGGACAUGUGUUGAUGGGUACAAAAUAUUCAAAGAGUGUUCGGCUAAAACUAAACAAAAGCGAUUAAACCUUGUAUUAGAUCAAAAAAAAGUUUAGCAUUGCAAGGAGAAGAACCGAGCUGAAUUGGUUUAAAGGAAAUACAAAAUGCUUAAACAACAGGAGCUGCAACCGGCGCGCAGAAAUGUUUCCGGUUCAAGAUCUGCUUGUAUUCUUGAAAAGCUAGACAAAGAACCUAGUGACCGUGAGUUAGUCAGCAUUGCUUCUGCCAUCGGCAAUGGCUGGGAACAACUCGCCGACGUUUUGGGCGUAACAAAACCAUCCGUUGAACGAAUUAAACUGGACUUCGGAUAUUCUCUUAUAGAGCAGAUUAACAAUAUGUUGAAACAUUGGAAACGGGGAAAUGCAAAUAAGGCAACAUUUAGGGUCCUUUUUCUGGAAAUGAAGAGAUGCACUGCUGUUACUAUUGACUGGGAACAACUAAGAAAAGAAGUUGGAUUUGGCAUCGAGGUUUUGUUAGACCCUGAACCACAACCCAUCGGAACCCCAGCUAAUAAAACCACAAAUGAGCUACAAUUAGGAGAAACUAUAUAUAUGCCAUCAACAAAUGAUUUAACUUCAUCGUUAGAAGGCCUUAAGAAAGAUUUGUUGAUGGUUAUUAAACGAGAUUUGUUUGAUGGACGUCUUAUUAGUCUCAACCAAUCUCAAAUAGCAAACAUCAAGGAAGUCGGCAAAGCAAAAGAAUUGGCAAAAACAAAUGGUGCUAAAGUAUUUGCAACCGAAACAAGUGUUCCAGGUUUUAACAUUAAAGUGGUCAUUAAGGAAUUGCACAUAAAUAAUAAUGAUCUGGAUAAGAUGAGAUCUAUCACAAAUGAGAAGCUUGCAGCAAGGAUACUCCAUUUUGGGAUUGUGCCAUUACUUGCAUACCAUGAAGAUUUGCUGACAGAUCAGACUGUGAGAUAUAGAUACUUCUCUUUUGUGUCACCAUAUUUCGAGGGUGGAGAUCUCUUGAAGGCUAUCGAAGAAGACACAAAGUCCAUUUCAAUAAAUGCAACAAACCCUGUUAGAAUGACGCAAAAAACGAGAUUAAAGAUCAUCUACCAAGUGGCUUCUGCAAUAAGCUACUUGCAUUCCCCUGUAAAGGACUUCAGGAAUGAUGUCUUGCAUAUGGACAUAAAGUCCCUAAACAUCGUGCUGGAUUUGAGUAACAAUGCAAGGUUGAUCGAUUUUGGUUUAGCAAGAGAAAUGAAGGAGCCCAACGAUACAAGCUUGGACACGCUAUUUCCUAUUUCUGGGAGUGUUGGCUACUUUCCAACAACCCAUUUCGAGGGUUUGACAAAGUUUCAUGACUACCACAACUUUGGAAUUGUGAUUAGAGAACUACUUACUGGAAUCAGUCCAGUUAAAAGGUUUGCAAACUGUACCCUACAGACUAUGUCAAAAUGGUCUUUGAAGGAAAAUAUUCAGGAAGCGAUUUGGAAAAAUAAGCGGGUUAGGAAAGUCAUACUGGAUUUAGCCGACAGUUGUGUUGAAAGCCCGAGACAGCAUACGUUAGGAAAAACAUUCCAGAUUUCUGAUAUGCUUAAAGAGCUGGAGGUGCUAAUGCGCGAGGUAGGUGCAGAAAAGUGGACCAGAAAAUCCGAGGUGGAAUGCGAAGUGUGUGUAGUGAAUCAUGCUGCGGCUGAAAGCGAGUUUCUGAAACAUGACGAAAUGUGUUUUACCCCUAUCAAGGUGUGCGCAUCUUGUAUGAGAAAUUCCUUCUUGAAUCCAAUUAUUUGUCACACUUGUGAAACGAAGCUGCAGCCAUUUAUUGGGGAUAAAUGGGGAGCCAUUUUGAUAGCAGGAAAUGACGAAAAUGAAAAAGUAACUAAAACCUUCACCAAUGAUGUGCAAAGACUGAAAGAGGUUAUCACAAGUAGAAGUGUUCCAGUCAUGUGCAUCAGGGAGGAAAGCAUUGAAGUUGUUACACCAAAUGAAUUAGGCAAGGAAGACAAUACGAUGUGGAGCAAAGUUCAGAGUGCCUUUAAAAAAAUAAGCAUGCAGAACCUCAAAACUCUUAUAGUGGUGUAUUCGGGUCACCAUGGUUUCCAGACGAAACAAGAAAAUGCAGAGAACAGAGACCAGUCAAUUAAUCCUCUUAAGAGUGUUACAGGAUCAACUAUCGAUGACAAUGAGGGCUUCUUCCAACUGAGUGAAAAUGAACUGAUGCAAGACGUUGAAUUAUGCAAUGAAAUACAAAAGCUAAGAACGGUUGAGAAGGUUUUCAUUUUUGAGGAUUGUUGUCAUGGUGAUGCCGAGAUAAAAGCUGCAUUAAAAGACAAAAUUGUCGUUCAGUUUAACAGUAGUACGGCGACUACAACCUCUUCGGUGGACCAUAGAAAAAAAGAAAGCAAGUAUAUUGGUGUAUUGAUCAAAGCACUCACGGCAACCGACGAGACCAAACAGAAACUGUUCCAACAUACAGAUUGUACGAGGUGUAAAGACAUUGCCGAAAUAUUGUUCACUGGGAGCUUUCUGACAGUGAACACCUUGCAUACAUUUAUUGAAAAUUAUAUUGAACACUUUAAAGUUACUGAGAUGAAAAGCAUUGGCCGCCCGUCAUUUUCAGCACAAAAACUUUCGGAAAAAGACUGCAUUUUGGCCUACAGAUACCAUUUUCCGGUGGUCGUUCAAUUCAAGAUAAAGACACCAAAAGGCGGGGAAGGAAAGAGUGAAUUACUCUCCCUCAAUCAAUUUGAAAAUGUGCAAAAGCUGAGGGAAAGCUUAUUUAGAAACAUAUUAGGCGAUGGUGAUUCUACGAAAUACCUCGUUAAAAACGAGGAUCAAUUGAAGGCCUAUGCUGCGGCUGUUAGCAUACAAGUAGAACAUGGACCUAGAGAGGUCCAUUUGAAGGAGAUUAAAUCUCUUGAACAGGCUUCAUCAGCUUGGAUAGCUCGAAGAGAACUGAUUGCCCAAAUUCGGAAUGUUGCAAAAAUUGACUUUCAGGACAACGAUGUGGCUGACAUUGUAUCACCAAACCAUGUUGAAGAGAUUUUCAAAAAUAUGUGUAUGGUGCCACCACAAAUUUGCUCUUAUAAUCCGUCAGAGUCGUCAGAGAGGUUUAUAGUGGACAGUAAUAACUUCACAAAACUUCUGGAUGUCUAUGAUGUUGCACCUGCCAGUGUAAGGAAAAUGUUUCAUGCAUUCAUCCGAAGCCUCGACGAUAUAAACACAGUUCUUCGCAAAAAACAUGAGGAUGUUUCAAAUGUGAAAGUUCACAUAGUUUUUUCCAAAAAACAAUGCCGAGGGUGUUCAAAAAUUCUGGCCAUUAAUCUAUUAUCACCUGGAGAGAGCAAGCGCGGAGCAAUAAAAUACAAUGACUUUGACGAACGUGUAUACAAUUUAUAAUACUUAGGAUUAAUCCUGAAAUCUGGAAUGAAAUUUUAUGUUUAAGUUUAAGAUUACCGUAGAGUACCAUGCUUGAGGCAUGAAGGAAUCGUACUCAAACUCAUUUUAAAGGAUUGAAAUAUUUGGUGUUUUAUCGUUCACGAGUAUACAUACAUGAGCAUGUGUUUAAUUUGAGUCAAUUUAUAAAACUUCAUUAACUUGUGGGCGAUAUUAAGAUUACUAGAAUGUGUACUUACCCAAGAAACAAACGAUGUUUGAGGUAAAUUUUGAGUUAUGACAAUACGUUUACAUCAAAUAUAAUUACAUUGACGUUCAAAGUUAUGAGUACCGAAAGUUAUUCUUAUGCAGGCAACUGAAUCGUUUCGUUUUAUAAAUUGUAUAGGCGUUAGGUUAUACAAAAAAGGUAUCUUGUUAUUUUUCAUGAAAAACUUAAAAAGUGAAAAAAGUGUUAUAUGAACUUGGUAUCGUCUUUUUGGGGGUGAGUAUUUAUAAUUUUUUAAUUUACUGCUACCUAAACAAUUUAGCAGUCACCAUUACCUUCUUUAUAUCAUCAUACAUUAUUGUUAAAUAAAUUCUGUUAGUUUUAUCUGUGAUACAUGUACUUCCUAUUUAAGUAGGCUUGAUAUUGAGAAAAUGUUUCUUUAAAAUACAUGUGUAAACUAUGCGAACGAUUAAAACAUGUAUUUAUGUAAUUAUGCACUUACAUUAAUGCUUCUGCAGAAUGUUAGACGUAUUAAGUUAUAUUCUUGUCAAACACGUUUUAAAUUUUUGAAAAAUGUAAAGUGUUGUUAAUUUGAUUAAAGUCAUUAAAUUA